AUGGGUCACUCGUUACUGCAACUGGACAAUCCAGAGUAUGCCGUCGGCUGGAUUGCUGCCUUGCCUCAUGAAAGAGCAGCUGCCAAGGCAAUGCUGGAUACAGUGCAUGCGCCGCCACGGCACAAACAUGCCAAAGAUCAUAAUAGCUAUACGCUAGGCUCCAUAAAUGGACCAAAUGGGGAACACAACGUGGUUAUUGCCAGCCUUCCAUCCGGUCGAUAUGGAACUGUAACUGCGGCUACGUCUGCUAAGCAGAUGCUUUCUACUUUCCCCGGUAUCAAGUUCGGGCUAAUGGUUGGCAUUGGUGGUGGUAUUCCGAGUGACGAUCAUGACAUCCGCCUGGGCGACGUUGUGGUUAGUCAACCAACUGGCGCCUUUGGAGGCGUAAGACAAUAUGACUGCGGCAAGGUCACUGCGCAUGGAUUUGAAGAGUGUGGUGCACUGAACUGCCCUCCCGAGGCCCUUCUCAAUGCGAUGGGUGAGCUUCAAAGCAACCAUGAAAUGAUGGGAGGAACGUCCAUACCCGACAUACUGGAGUCCAUGUACACAGCUUAUCCAGCAAUGGCAGAUUCACGCAGAGGACCAGCAUAUAUUCACCAGGGUGCACAUUAUGAUCGGUUGUUCUACUCUGAUUGUAUACAUGAGAAUGGCGCAAAAGAUUGUGGUGCGUGUGAUCCUGAGAAAGUAAUCGAACGACCUGAAAGGCUGGUCCAAGAUCCUUGUAUCCACUAUGGCACUAUCGCAUCAGGUAAUAAGGUCAUAAAAGAUGCGAAGGUGCGUGACUUGUUGGCAAAGAACUGCCUUUGCUUUGAAAUGGAAGCCGCAGGGUUGAUGAACCAAUUCCCAUGUCUUGUCGUUCGUGGAAUAUGUGACUACUGUGAUACCCAUAAAAACGAUCGAUGGCAGAAGUAUGCUGCGGCUACUGCUGCUGCAUAUGCCAAAGAGCUCCUUCAGGCUACUGACUCCUCGGACAUCCAAAACACACCAGAAGCCCGCAGUAUUGUUAUGGAUAACCUUUCGGAGAUUAAAACGAUCGUCAAGAGCAUCGCCCGAGACCGAGAACAGAAAGAUUUGUUCAGGUGGCUAUCUCCCCUCAGCCCGUCUGCUAGGCAUUCCGAGAAUCAAAGAGUGCGAGUGGAAGGCACCAGUGUAUGGAUUCUUGAGGAUGCUAGAUUCUUGGAUUGGUCCGGCAACAGCCCCAGCUCCCAGGCCCUGUGCUGCUUUGGUAAUCCGGGGGCUGGCAAAACAAUUAUAUCCUCUGUCGUGAUUGACAGAAUAAGGGAGUCGAUAACUCCCAAGUCGACUACUGGAAUAGCAUAUUUAUACGGUGAUUAUCGUGACCAUAAAGUCCAGACUACAGAGAAUAUACUUGGGGUCAUCAUAAAGCAGCUAUUAAUGCUCUUGCCGGAGAUUCCCCAAGCUCUCCUGGAACUACACGAGAAAGAGGAAAAGCAAGAGGCACCACUGAGCUUGCUGAGUGCGCAGGCAUUCUUAGACGUAGCCUGCAAGCAGUUUAACAAAGUUUAUAUCUGUAUUGAUGCACUGGAUGAAAUGAAGGAUCAGGGAACUCUUUUAGCGUGUUUACAGGGUAGACCUUCUCUGCAAUUGUUCAUUACCGGUCGUCCCCAUAUCCGGCAAACUGUUCAAAAUUACCUCAAGCAGAGUCAAGAGAUACCCAUUGAAGCACAUGAAGGUGAUAUUCGACAAUUCAUUGAUCGUGAGAUCGGUGGGCCCAACGACAUCGAGCCCGAUGCAAUGGACGAGGAGUUAAGACUUGAGAUCCACAGUAAAGUCCUCGCAUCAGCUAAGGGAAUAUUUCUGUUGCCCGUAAUGCAAGUGCACGCUGUUCUUCAGGCCGCAACUAUGCGUCGUCGCGAGGAAGCUCUAAAAACGUUGCCAUCCAAUCUUAGCGAUGCCUUCUCUGGUACUGUAGCUCGAAUAGAACAACAACCUAUUGCACAUUCUGCGAAGGCAAAAAUGAUUAUUGCUUGGGUUUAUUUAGCAGAACGACCUAUCAGCGUGAAUGAACUUCUAUGUUCCCUCGCGAUUGAAGAUGGUGAUAAGACCUUUAACCCAAGAGGCAUACCAGUCAGAAGUACGCUUUUAAGCUGCUGCCAUGGACUAGUGGUAAUUGACCAAGAAACCCAUACUGUGCGCUUGGUCCAUUAUUCUUUCCAAGAAUAUCUCAAUCAACAAAGCAAGAUGUUCGGGUUUAGCAAAGGAGAGUGGCACAGUCAAAUUGCGCGUACAUGUCUUACAUUUCUAAAUUUCCCGGCUGGGAUUGCGGAUGACUAUAUGGAUGUCACGCUUCUGGCCUAUGCCGCGACUAAAUGGGGCCACCACCUUCGAAGGAGUGAGCACUUACCAGACACACCUUUAGAGCUCGCAAAAGAAUACCUCGGCACUGCAAAGGUGAUCCAUGAUACAAGUUUGCUCCUACUGUACAGGGAAAUGUACACAGGUCGUCACAAAGAGCAAGAGCUGCAUAGUGUAGUCAGCUCAGCUCAUAUAGCUGCUUUCUUUGGCAUACACAGCAUCAUGCUACAUCUGACAGUGGCGAGUGAUAUUGACUCGAGGGAUAUAAUAGGUUAUACGCCAUUAUCUUGGGCCGCAAAACUUGGACAUAAGCUGAUAGUGAAACUACUGAUCGAAAAAGGCGUUUCAGUAGACCCUCAAGCUUUGAACGGCAUGACACCUCUUUUGCUCGCUCUUGAGUCCAAACAUGAAUGGAUAGCAGAGCUGCUGAUACAACACGGCGCCGCAGUGGACGUGAAUGAUGAGAACAAAAAUACACCGCUGUCAUAUGCGGUGGAGUAUGAAUGUGAGGCGGCCGUGAGACUACUCCUGGGGAAAGGCGUACCAAUGGAUACCAAGAAUAAUUUUGGGGAAACGCCACUCUUAAUCGCCGCUCAUGGCGGGUUCGACAGAAUAGUGAAAUUACUUCUUGAAAGUGGUGUUGAAGUGGAUUCGAUGGACCCGUACGGCCGGACUCCUUUGCUAUACGCCGCACUAAGUGGAUUCGAACAUAUAGCCAAAUUACUUCUGGCGAACAAUGCUGCUGUGGAUUCCCUAGACCAUAAAUAUGGCCGCACCCCGCUGCUAUGGGCCAUAGCGGAAGAUCAUGAGGCAAUAGCAAGAGUAUUAAUUGACAACGGUGCUGCGGUGGAUACCGUGGAUGCUACAUAUGGCUGGACACCAUGGACGGGAGACAAUUGCACGGUUGCUGAUUGA